AUGAACGCCCUGCCCAUCGUGAGUCCUCAAAGCCUCCCUCAAGAGCCGCACCACCAUCCUCAGCGCCCUCUUCAUCUUCACCUCCCAAGGCGCCGAAGUGUCUGUCUCAGGCUGCGUGGUCUCCUUUCUAAUAGCCCACCGCUCCAGCUCGCCUCCAAAAUCGGCUACGUCAGCGCCGGCGUCUGGGCAGGCAUCACCAUCGGUCGAUUCCUGCUCGUCUACCCCUCCCACCGCAUUGGCGAGAAAAUCGCCGUCACCAUAAUGACCCUCGGCGCCAUCGCCUUGCAAAUCCUAGCCUGGCUAAUCCCCAAUUUAAUCGGCGAAGUUGUGGCAGUCGCAAUCCUGGGCGUGUUUCUAGGUACCCUGCGCAAUGGCAAUAUUCGCAAGACUGCUACCGCGUAA